CAAAGGUGCGUGACUUCCACGGAAAGAGUGCACAAACAAUAGCAAACAGAAGCGCGACGAAAUUACGGUGCAUUAUUUUUACGCAUUUAAAGAGUAAAUCUGUCCGACUUUUUAAUCAUUCCUCUACAACACUUUUAAGCAGCGCCCUCAUCCCCGUCCUCCGCUCGCUUCGCCGAGCAGCGAAGAAGGAAAGCGAUAUUCACCUCCCUCCAACCUCCAUCCAGUAAUGCCAUUCAUCCCAUCGGAAGUGACGCUCUCGGUGGCGGGGGCCGGGGCCGCCACCGGUCUGCUCGGUUCGAUCGUGCUGCUGCGACUGUACAAGCUGCGCAAGUGGGGCUGGGUAAAGUCCAACUUUUCCCUGCGCGGCAAAACGUUCGUCAUCACCGGUGCCAACACGGGGCUCGGGUACGAAACGACCAAAGCGCUCGUCCGCCGCCAGGCGACGGUCGUGAUGGCGUGCCGCAACCUGGCCAAGGCGAACGAAGCGAUCGGCAAAAUCCACACCGAGCUGGGUGCCGUUGCGCCCGGUGCGCUAAUACCGAUGGAGCUGGAUCUGGCCUCGUUCCGUUCGAUACGCAGCUUUGCCCGGGAGCUGGUGCGCACCGUGCCGCAGCUGUACUGUCUGGUGAACAAUGCCGGGCUGGCGGUAAGGACGCCCGAGUUUACGCGCGAACACUACGAGGUCCACUUCGGGGUGAACCAUCUCGGCCAGUUUCUGCUGGUGGAGCUGCUGAGGGAGCGACUGCUCGAGCAGCGGACGCGUGUGGUCGUUGUGUCGUCGCGCAUGCACGAGAUCGAGGCGGAGAUCGAUUUCGAGCAGCUGGGCCGGUGGGUUGAGUACGGUAGCCGGCUGAACCGGCUGUACAACAACUCGAAGCUGAUGAACUUCUACUACGCCCGGGAGCUGUACAAGCGCGGCUACAACGUGCACGUGCUGUGUCCGGGCCUGUGCCAUACGGACUUUUUCCGCCACUACGAGCCGAAAUGGUACCACUAUCUGGUGUUUUCGCCCAUCGUCUGGCUGAUGCUACGGUCCGGUGAACAGGGGGCGCAGAAUAUAAUAUACGCAGCAACGGAAAGUGUGACCACGCCGGACCGUAACCCGGUGACGGGUUACUUCAUCUCGAACGUGAAAAUGCGCCGCUCCAAGUUUCACUUCGACGAGGAAACGUCCGUCCGGUUGUGGGACGCAAGUGUGCGCGCGAUUGCGGACGCGGACGCCAAGUCGGUCGAGCAAAGCGUUUCGACCAGCUCCGAAAGCACCAGAGACGCACGCAGAUCCUAGUGGCCAAGGAUAUAAUUAAGACUGUUGGGAUUGUUGGUUGUUGUUGGUACCUUACAGAGGUUUCCAGAGGUUCUCAUAGUUGUGGGACACUCUUUCCUUGAUUCUUUCUUAUGGGAAGUGUACUUCAUAUGAUGGAAAUUGGAUUCUAUGGCAACCUCUUUGAACAGGAUGAUUGGAAAUACUUAUUGGAUUUGUCCAACAAGUGUGUUAUAGAGUCCAAUUACAUUAAGUUCAGUUCAAAAAGGAGUCAAUGAAAUGUCCCACAGCUAUGAGAACUCCUGGAAAACCGUGUACGAUUGGUGAUGGAAUGGCAUACAUUGGAUGAGGGUUUCUGACGGGUGAAUCUUUUUCUACGGUUUAAGGGGUUGUAGUUAGUUGUACUUUUUAUGAGGCUUUUUGAAGAGAUUAUAAUAACCAGCUCGAAUGUACUUACCUGAAUU